AUGUCUUUGGUGACGUUAAAUAUUGACUUUAAUCACGUCACAGAAUAUCGUUUCCUAAUAACUCUUAACUCUAUGAGGCAAAGAGUAAAGAUUGAAAAAAAGAAAAAAAAAGAAAAAAAAGACAACCGAACCAUAAUACACGCGCCAAGAAGUAUUUCUGAUCACUGGCGCCCGCGUUUAUGUGAGUUCAGUUAGGUUUUGAUUUUAAAAAAUAGGUUGUCUAUGUGUCGAUCAUAGAGAGUUUAGUUCAAUAAUUAUCGUUUUUCGUGGUUUAUUUAUUACAGACGAGUAUUUUGGUUCAUUGUUUCAAUAUAUAAUUUUUUUUGAGGUUAUGGCACGUUCUUUGUUUUGAUUUCACGAAACUUCGAAAUGGAGUUGUCAGAAGAAAAUCUGAACACUUUAUCAGGGUACCUGCGCCACACAUUAAAUCCGGACGUUAAUGUUCGGAAACCUGCUGAAAAGUUUUUAGAAUCAGUGGAAAUAAACCAAAACUAUCCCAUUCUUCUGCUGCAUUUGGUGGACAAACAAGAAGUGGACCUAACUGUCCGUAUUGCUGGAGCAGUUGCCUUCAAGAAUUACAUUAAACGGAAUUGGGGUAUUGAUGAAGAUGGUGUCGACCAUAUCCACGCCCAGGACCGGGAGGCUGUGAAGAGCCUCAUCGUCAACCUGAUGCUCCACUCGCCCGAGGCAGUACAGAAGCAGCUCAGCGAUGCUGUGUCCAUCAUUGGUCGCCACGACUUCCCGGCCAAGUGGCCGAAUCUCAUCUCUCAGAUGGUCGAGAAGUUUGGCACUGGAGACUUCCACGUCAUCAACGGUGUCCUGCACACAGCACACUCUCUCUUCAAGCGCUAUCGUCAUGAGUUCAAGUCUCAGGAGCUGUGGACCGAGAUCAAGUUUGUCUUGGACAACUUUGCAAAACCACUCACUGAAUUAUUCCAGGCACUGAUGAAUUUUGCCAGCACCAAUGCCAACAAUCCAGAGGCACUGAAAGUGAUUUACAAUUCUCUUGUGGUUAUCUGCAAAGUGUUCUACUCUCUUAAUUGUCAGGAUCUGCCUGAAUUUUUCGAGGACAACAUGAAUGUGUGGAUGCCACAUUUCCACACACUUCUUAUAGCAGAUGUCAAGUGUCUUCAAACUGAUGAUGACGAAGAGCCGGGCCUGCUGGAGAAGUUGAAGGCCCAGGUGUGCGAGAACGUUGCUAUGUACGCCCACAAAUACGAUGAAGAGUUCCAGCCGUUCCUUCCUGGGUUUGUGACGGACAUUUGGAACCUCCUCACCUCUACUGGUCAGCAGCCAAAGUAUGAUCUGCUUGUCAGCACGGCCUUGCAGUUUUUGGCGACCGUAGCGGAAAGAGCACAGUAUCGCCACCUGUUCGCAGAUCCGAUGGUCCUCAGCAGCAUAUGCCAGAAAGUCGUUAUUCCCAACAUGGAGUUCAGAGUGUCUGAUGAGGAAAUGUUCGAAGACAACCCUGAGGAGUACAUUCGAAGAGACAUCGAAGGCUCAGACGUGGACACGAGGCGUCGAGCUGCUUGUGACUUGGUCAAGGUGCUGUCUCUGCACUUUGAAGCAAAGAUGAUGGAGAUCUUUGGACAGUACAUCCAGCUGAUGCUGCAGACGUAUGUGGAGAAGCCACAAGAAAACUGGCGCAGUAAGGACGCUGCUGUGUACAUGGUGACAUCGCUGGCGUCUCGUGGCCAGACCAAGAAACAUGGCAUCACUCAAAUCAGUCAGUUGGUUAACCUGGAGGAGUUUGCUACCAAGCACGUGCUGCCUGAACUGCAGAGGGAAGAUGUGAACUCUUUACCGGUGCUGAAAGCUGAUGCCCUGAAGUAUGUGAUGAUAUUCAGAAACAUAUUGCCACAAGAAAUGGUAGUCCAAACGAUACCUCAGUUGGCCCGACAUCUGCUUGCUACCAGCCAGGUUGUACAUACGUAUGCUGCAUGUGCUAUUGACAAGAUUCUGCUCAUGAAUGUAGUGAAGGCAGAAGAUUUGUCGCAGAUAUCUCGUGAAGUUAUCAUCAACUUGUUUGCGGCAAUGGAAAAGCCAGGUUCGCAAGAAAAUGAAUAUCUUAUGAAAGCUGUUAUGAGAAUGUUCUCCGUGCUCCAAGAUGUUGGGGCUGCUUUUCUCGGCGAAGUGCUGCCGAAAGUAAUUGAAAAGAUGAAGCGCGUGGCAAGCAAUCCAACCAAACCGUAUUUCAAUCACUACUUGUUUGAAACACUCAGUCUGUCAAUAAGAAUUCUUUGCAAGAAUAACCCUGCUACAGUAAAAACGUUUGAAGAAACGUUGUUUCCAAUAUUUGAAGCAUUUCUUCAGCAGGAUGUACAGGAGUUUAUCCCCUACGUAUUCCAGAUUCUAUCACUGCUGAUGGAAGUGCAGUCGUCGGGAUCCAUUUCCAACUACUAUAUGAUGCUUUACCCCUUCCUGCUGUCCCCACUCCUGUGGGAGCGACCGGGAAACGUCAAGCCACUGGUUAGGUUGCUGCAAGCAUAUGUGCGGCUGGGGUCCGAACAAAUAAUCUCCGUGCACAAAGUGACAAGUAUAUUGGGAGUUUUUCAAAAAUUAAUUGCAUCAAAGUUAAAUGACCAUGAAGGUUUUAACUUGAUACAAACAAUAUUGGAACAUUUUCCUCCGGCAUCACUUGAACCAUUUAUGAAGCAGAUCUUCGUAGUCUUGUUUCAACGUUUGUCUUCCACUAAAACUUCAAAGUUUGUGAAGUGCCUCAUCACGUUUUUUUCGUAUUACAUUGUCCGUUACGGAGCGUCAAGUCUUGUCAGUACUAUUGAUGGAAUCCAACCCAAUAUGUUUGAAAUGGUGAUUCAGCGAGUCAUCAUGCCUGACCUGCAGAGGGUGUCUGGCGCGGCUGACAAAAAGGUGACGGCUGUAGGUAUCACCGAGUUGCUCUGCAAGUGCCCGGAAGUAGUGGACGGGCCAUACCAGGCAUCGUGGAUGCCCCUGUUAAGUGCAUUACUGGAGUUUUUCGAGCUCCCAGAAUGCCACUCCCCUAUCUUGGAAGACCUGGUGAAUCAGUCGGAUGAAACCGAUGGUGGUUACCAACCAGUGUACUCGCAACUUGUCUACGCUACCAAGAAAGAACAUGAUCCCGUGCCACAUGUGUCGGACGCGAGGCUGUACCUGGCACAGAGCCUGGGCAAGCUGGCGUCGCUGCACCCGGGCCGGUUCGUCCCGGCGCUCAGCUCGGGCCUGCCUCCGGAGAAGAACCAGUGCCUCAGCAAGUACCUGGCUCAGGCCGGGGUCACCUUGGCGUGAGCUCCCGCCGUAGCUGUAUUUAUUACAAGAGUGUUCCACCUCUGGAAUACAUGUCACCUGUUUCAGUACGCCACUUGGAAAAUUUGUUUAGGAAAAAUUCAGUCAAAUUGUGUGCUUACUUGUGAUAUUACAUUUAAAAAUUUAGGUUUUUUUUUUUUUGCAAUUUGGUUAUAAAUUCUGAAGACCAGCUCACUUAAAUUUUUACUUGUUUUUACUCAAAAAUGUAUAGUGUAAGUACUCACAUAUAAAAUAAAAAUCUUUUUCACA